GUUGCAAUGAAAUUAGUUGCGAAGCAGUAUCCUCAUUUGUGCAAGAGCUCUGGUUUGUGUUGCUUUCAGGACUCAGGAUAGAUUUUGCAGGUUUUUGAGAGCCAAGACGCCGUCCAAACAGUCUUGGAUCAUCUUGGAUCAUGAUCGAGCUUGCCACUUCAAUUGCUUCACAUGAGAGGGCCUGCUCCCGUUCUUCCGAGGUGAGUUUGCCGGCGGGAUCCUUUUGUGCUGAGCGCGCAGCAAUCACUCGUGCUGCGAGUGACCUUGUCCAUGCCAAGGACAUCAGCACGAUUGCUACUCUGGACCCGGCAGAUAAGAUGAAUCCACUUUGGCCAUGCGAGGUCUGCCAAAGUUGGCUUUCCAAACUGAAGCAGCAGAAUGAAGACAUCGCAGUGCUUGCAUUUGCCUCCACCGAUUGCAAGCAGUUCGCAGUGAGACUCAACGAAAAGCUUGUGGACCCGCCUGCCAUGCCACCUUCACCGAAUGAGGCCCUCACUGGCUCACCUUUGCCUGACCUUGUGGAGCUGGCUGAAGGCACGACAGACUUUCCGUGGGACUGCAAGGAGGUGGUGUACGUUGAUGGUGCAUGGAACUUCUUGCAUGGAGGGCACCAACGAAUUUUGAAGGAGGCAAAAGCGCGAGGCUCGCACGUUCUUGUGGGUGUGCAUUCCGACCAAACUUUGAGUGAUGUCUUUGGAUCUCAAAGCCAUGAAGACUUCGCGACACGACUUGGGCGAAUUCUUCAGAAUCGCCAUGUGUCGUUUGUCUUGAAAGAUGCACCCUGGAAGGUGUCGAAGGACUUGAUCGACAUCCUUUGCGUGAAGAAGGUGGUGUCCGGUUCGGUCAGCAAAGCCGCAGAUGGUGGCAAGGUUGUGGAUGAGGAGGACCAGUUGCAGGACAUCUACCGGAUUCCGAUUGAUCUCGGGAUUUUUGAAAUCAUUGAGUCCCCAGACUCAAUAACAGAAGAGAGCCAUGCGCGAAGCACUAGCAAAUCAUUAGAGAGCAGACCUGCCCCUUGCUGAGAGUGUCUUUGUUGUUUGGAC